AUGGAGAAUAGUAGCCCUAGUGCCUAUAUAAAUGGAAUAACCAGGAAGCCGGUGAUUGUCAAGCUCAACAACGGCUCAGAUUUCAGAGGCAUUUUGGCAAGUCUAGACGAACGUAUGAACAUCGCCAUGGAAAAUACCAAAGAGUAUCUCGACGGUGAGCUCGUAAAGACAUACGGUGAUGCAUUCAUCAGAGGAAAUAACGGUACGUUUUACUCGUUACUAAACAUGAACACGCAGUUUACUAUAUAA